GUCAAAUGGUUCGUCUCGAUCCUGCCGGUGACAAUCGCAACAUCUUCGACUCAGGUACUGUCAUCAGCACUACUCACUCACCUCAGCCAAUAUGAAGUACAGCCUGGUUUUUGUCGCGGCUCUCAGCCUUUUCCAACUCGGUUCUGCUGUUGAUCAAAAGAAGUCAGCCAUCAUUUGGUUUGAUGACGCCUCCACUCCAGAUUCGUUUGUCAACCAAGUCAAGGACAAUAUCCUCAAAGCUGGUGGCAAAAUCACACAUGUCUACACGAUCAUCAAGGGCUUUGCUGUAAUCGCGCCGGAGAAGGCACUCUCGACGGUACAAGCAAUGGGCUCGGAGCACUCGAUUCGCGUGGAGGAGGACGAGAUCGUAUCAUCCCUAUAAAUAAUACGGGUGACGUUGUCGCAGAGUUCUGGGCGCCUGUGCCUAUCUAUGUUCAACAGCGAGGAAUAAUACUGCUACAGUCUUGUCGGGGGCGUAUGGCGCAUAUCUAAUUAUAAAUCGAUUACUUUUCUUUUCCG